AUGGCGGACUUUAUCAUACAUAAAACGGACCCCUUCUAUGAUCCGGCUGUUGAUUAUCAACCAUCCCCCCGACCCGUUGAUUGCACUGAUAUCUCUGAAACAGUUCGAUGUUGCAAUGGAAAAGCGUGCGGGAAGAUUGUGGGAGUCACCUUUUUACGGGCUGACGAAUUUAUCAAAGCCUGCCAGGAUGGAAGCCUGUGUACCCAUCAUGUCAAGUAUGUCAUUUUCUUCGGUGAGAAGACGAGGGAUGGUGCAUAUACCGCCCCGGUUGCCUUCGGGGGAAGCCUGGAAGACAACGUCAACGAAGAGGUUCUUGCAACUGAGAAUCAAGAGAAAAUCUUUUCAGCCCUCUCUUCCCUUUGGAAUCUCAUUAGCACAUGGGACCUCAAAGAACCCAUCACCCUCAAGAUCCAUGGGAGCUAUUUUCGGUCCAAUGACAAACAUCUGGCUGAAUUAGCUCCCCAGAAAAACAUCAUGAGACUCGCGUUUGAGGAAGCGGCAUUUGCGGAUCCUUUCGAGGUAUUGACGAUCGCAAAACGUUUACCCGAGUUGGAAAAGCUUCGGUUUCAGGUUCGACAUAUGGACAAGCAUAUGCGCAACGAGUUGGUGAAUGACAUGCGCACAUGGAAGACGACUCUGCCCAAACUCAACGCUUUGACACUCGUCGGGGAUAGAGAGCCUUACUCAAGAGGGGAUGAGCGAAUGCUUGAAGAUAUGAGGGAGGAUGGAGUUGAUCUGCUCUGCCGAGAACUUCGACUUUUGACUCAGCAAGAUGGUAAAUGGUUGUUUUCCAAGGUGCCUGGAAGAGGAGGUAUUCGGUUUUUGGACGAUCCGGAAACCGAAUUUUUCGAGACGACUCUGCCAAUUAAGGAAGAGAUCCUGCCCUUGGCCGAAUUAUUCGAGGGUAAUUGGAAAUCGAUGGACUCACUCAUCCGGGGCGGAAUGAAGUAUGGUGAGGGCGUUGAUGCGGUCGAAAUAUGCGCUCUGAGGAAAAGCGCAUCCUGGUGCUAUGACCUGUAG